UCUAGAUCAACCGCUUGUGCCAAAUAGAGACAUACCUUUUCGAAUCCGGUCUGACACGGCGGCUCUACUAGUUAGCGCUCUUCUAACCGUUGACUCGAGCCUUCCAUCCCCGCAUUCUUUGAUGAGCCGGCCUACAGCUCGUUCUCAUAUUCCUCGUGGAGACAACAAAGCAGAUUAUUUCGCAUCCAAAGGCGUAGUUUUGAGGCACAUUUUCAAGACGCACAAUUGGUGCCAGUUUCGGACAUAUCAAAACUGCCGCGGUGAUUUCGUUCACCUACCAGCAGGUCCAGGUAAGAAUCCCUCAUGAGAAGAGCCUGGGUGUCAUAACAGCCCCCUUCACCCUAAUCGAAUUCAACAUACAUAUAUAUAUAUAUAUAUAUUUUAUGAAUCAGAGCCAAGAAAAUGUGCAUUGCGAUCUUUUCAACCGCUCACCCAUCGUAUCCUUUAAUUAUACUGGACAAUCGAGAUGAAUACCUUCACCGACCAACUUCUUCCCUUGACUGGUGGCCAGAAUCAGACAGUUAUGUCCUUGGUUCGCGGGACCUAGUCCAUGCCAUUAGUGGGACCUGGAUGGGCGUCACGAAACAUGGCAAGGUGGCCGUCCUAACCAACUACCGGGAGAACGCGCCAGAGAAGACAACAGGACUAUAUAGUCGGGGAGCCAUUGUCAAUAGCUGGCUGACAUCAUCCCAAGACGAAAGGCUAACGACAAAAAUCUUCGUCGAGGGCCUGAUUUCGAGCGACAUGUUCAAGAACGUUGGCGGAUUUAGUCUCAUUUGUGGCCGUCUCGACGAGCCGUUGGCGAUCGUGUCCAACCGUUUUGACGAAAUCACUUGGAUUGCAAAGGAAAGAGGUCAAACUAUCGCGCUCAGCAACACAACCAUUGAGGAUCGUUCUUGGCCGAAGAUCACUGAAGGCGAGAGAUUGACCAAAGCAGCCAUUGAGGCGCACGUCCAGGCCGAGGAGAAUGAGGAUCAGCUUAUCGACAGACUUCUUCGUGUUUUGAGUACGGAUACUCUUCCAGAGCAUUCCUACGAUACGCCCAUCGAAUCUUAUAUCAAUGAUUUACACAAAACCAUCUUUGUGUCCCCCAUUGGGAACUGGAAGGAGGAUGAGGCCACUUCCCGGGUGAAGGGCAAGGCAGCGGUUGCCUUCCCAGUAAAGGAUGACUGGAUAGACAAGAAAUGCACCAGCGGCGUAUACGGGACCCAAAAACAGACGGUUAUCCUGGUAAAUGACAAAGGCCACGUGAGAUAUUUUGAGCGGACACUCUUUGACAACAAUGCUGAAUAUAUCCCAGCUCCCUGCGGAGACAGGUCAUUCGAGUUCACCAUCGAGAAGUGAUAGUGUUCCCCAUUGUGACCCAUUCCGCGAGUGUUUUAAAAAGCUGUAUACUUACAUACCCAGUCAUUCAUCUAUCCAACUACAUUU